AUGAAGGCGAUAGUACUGCUGGUGUGUGUUGCGUUUGUGUCUUCGAAGCCCACUGGUGAUGAAGAUAUGCUCGGAUCAGUUAUAGGAGUGGUGAGGAGUUGUUCCGAACAGGAUGUCGCGUUGUGUCUCAAGGAAAAAGCGCUGAAAUACGCCGAAAAUUUGGCGACAGCGCGAGAAAUCAACCUUACUGAUGGAAUCACGCUGGUUGGAACUGGAUCAUCCCGGUCAGCCAGGUCCUUCGAGCCUCUCUCGGAGGAGCCAAGAGCGAGAGAGAACCAGGUGGAAACCAGGCUGGUGGACGCCGCUGCGGACUUCUUCGAAAACCAUGUCAUCCAACUCAGAGUGCCGAAGAGUACUGUGGAAGAUGUCAAGAGAUCACUUGAGGAAGGUCGUGGUAAGAAGAAAAAGCUGAAGCAGCUCAUCCCGAUCUUUGCUCUUCUUCAGCUCAAGAUCCAAUCCCUCAUCCCUCUGUUCCUUGGAAUCAUCGCCUUAGCUGCCGUCAAGGGUCUGAUCCUCGCUAAAGCCGCCCUUCUUGCUUCAGCCCUUGUCCUACUCAAGAAGUUACUCUCAAAACAUGAUCACCAUGAAAGCUAUGAGGUAGUCGCCCAUCCUCACCAUGAUGAGCAUUAUAGCCACGGAAGCGCCCAUGGUGGUUGGGGUAGAUCUCAAGACGCCCAGGAUUUAGCUUACAACGCAUACUCUACCUAA